AAAAUAAUCGCCCAAUUAAUCGCUAAUGAUCGUUAGUUGCAGCCCUAAUUCAGAUAUCGAUAAUCUGAGGGUAAUAGUUUGGGAGGUUUUGGAAUAAUACUGUCGGAUGUCAUUAACAGUAAUGGGAAGUCUUUAAACAUGGGAUGUUUAAAAACUUCCCAUUAUUGUUAACGACAGUAAUGGGAUUAAACAUGAGAUGUUUAAUGUUGACAGGAAGUUCGUUUGGAUAACGUUAGAUUACAAGGCUACCUGGUAAAAACUUGUUUCAGCUGUGGAACUAAGAAAAAAAAAUUUGUCAGAUAUUAAUUCAUCAUGUAUUUGGAUUGAGACACGCUACAGAACACUUAUUAAUCUUCCAUGCCUUGGUAUUUGCUGUCAGUACUGUGUGUUUUGUUCAUUUAUUUAUUGGAAAGUUAUAUAUCCAAAGUAUGAUAAAUAGUUUCCUGACAACUAUUUGGCAUGCAUUCCUCCCUUUAACUACUGGCAAUCACACAGGAAUGCCUCACCAUCCCCAAUAUGAGAGUGGCAGAUUGACCAAGUCUAACUUUAUUUUAGUGCCUUGUUUGGGUUUGCGCUUUUGAUUGACAUGUGAAAACUUACAGCACCAUUUAUAUCCACGGAGUAGUUCACAGCUCUGUGUGGUUGGCUGUUCGCACGUCAGCAUCAGACUGACACUGUUGACCACUUGCUCUGCUGAGGUCACCGUGUCGUGGAGGGGAAGUUUACACAUUUCUCUCAGGGCACUGCUUUUGUCAGUCAUCCGGCUGCAGGCUUGUACUUUCAGUACCCCUUCUUCCAGUCUUUUGCGUCUUUACGGCUCAAUGUUGGUAUGCUGUAUGCAUCAGAAAUGAAACGCAGGCUCUUCGGACAGAAACAGUUCUCCAGAUGUUUUUUGUUGUCCGACUGAAACCAGGUUUGAUCAAAUAACAAAUGUCAACGCCAGAAAAAUGUUUUCUUUCGCUUGUAAAUUUCCCAAAUACAAAGAGAAGCCCAGCUCCUCAGAAGGGCAUUGCAACCACUGGAGAGGUUGAUAUAGAGUGCCGAUGAUGCAGUGGGUGGGAGUGUUCAAGGUACAGAUCCCGCCUCUCUCACCCUCAUAACGGCAUGCACAAACAGUCAGUCAGUCAGCAUGAUCCGCUCUGGAGUAUGAGAGAAGACGCUAGCAGUGGAUUUGGAAAGACCAGUGCUCGCCUGAGGAAUCAUGGCGUGUCUGGGAGUAGAGCGCCAUGCUGUCUGCGGGAAUGUCUUCAGCUCAGUCCUUCAGUUGCGGCUGCAGCAGCGACGCACUCGGGAGCAGCUCGUUGACCAGGGCAUCAUGCCACCACUCAAGAGCCCAGCGGCGUUCCAUGAACAGAUCCGCAGUCUGGAGAGAGCCAGGACGGAGAAUUUCCUAAAGCACAAGAUCCGGAGUCGUCCAGAAAGGGCUGAGCUGGUCCGCAUGCACAUCUUGCAAGAGACUGUGGCAGAGCCAUCACUGCAGGCUACGCAGCUGAAGCUGAAGAGAGCUCGACUGGCUGAUGAUCUCAAUGAGAAGAUUGCACAGCGUCCUGGCCCCAUGGAGUUGGUGGAGAAAAACAUCCUGCCUGUCGCAUCCAGUCUCAAAGAGGCUAUCAUUGAUGGCCAGAUGCAUUACCCCAAAACACAGGAGUUUGAUGAGGACAGCAGCGAUGCGUUCUCUCCGGAGCAGCCAGGCAGUCAGGAGUCACACGGAUCUGUACCUUCACCUGGGGAGUCCAAGGCCAUGGAGGCCUCCUCACCACUACCGACUAAUUUAAUACCGCACUGCCCUCCUGUCACACAGGUUACAGAUUUUCUCAAGCCUUAUUCCACCAGUGAGCAGACAGUCAGCCCUCCAGCGCCACAGCCUCAACCAAUCACUACACCUCCCUCCAAGUCUGUGCUUUCUCUCAUCAAGCAAAGUCAGCCUAAGACUGCUAGUGACAAGAGUCGUAGUAAGAAAAACAAAGAAGCCAAACCACGAGUGAAAAAGCUAAAGUAUCACCAGUACAUUCCUCCAGAUCAGAAACAAGAGCCCAGUGAAGCCCCUAUGGAUUCUUCUUAUGCCCGUUUACUGCAACAGCAGCAGCUCUUCUUGCAGCUGCAGAUCCUCAGUCAGCAACAACAACAGCACUACAACUACCAGACCAUUCUCCCAGCUCCCCUCAAGCCUGUGAUUGAGGGGCAGAACAGCAGUGCUACUGUUGCCAUUAACAGUGCCCAAAGUCUUCCUGCCUCCAUUGUGGUGUCUCUGCCUCCAGCUGCACUGGUGCGCCCAAAUAGCACCCUGUCCAACCGCAAAGCUGGCACACUGCCAGCCAACCUGGAGGAGAUGAAGGUGGCUGAACUAAAAAUGGAGUUAAAGCUGCGUGGGCUGCCUGUGUCUGGAACCAAAACAGACCUGAUUGAGCGGCUUAAGCCUUACCAGGAGAGCGCUGCAUCCAUUCCCAAUGCCAAUCUUAACGCACAGACCUGCGGCACAUCCAUGGAGGUGUCCAGCACCACUACAUGCCUGUCACCUGCACAGCAGCCCCCUGAGACCCAGAGCUCCACACCGCCUGUAUCCCCUAUAUCCUCCGAAGUGCACAAUAGAGAGGAUGUUAUGGAGGGUCAGCUGGAGACCCACUGCCAAAGCAGGGGUGGUAGCGGCCAGCCAGCAGCUAUUCCUGAGGAGCAGGACAGGAGGCUACACGAGAAACAGCGUCAGAUUGAGGAGCUGCUAAGGAAGCUGGAACAGGAACAGAGGCUGGUGGAGAAGCUGAAGAUGCAGCUAGAGGUAGAGAAGAGGAGUGCACAGAACUCCACAGAAAGUAACAGCAGCAUCAGUCAAGCUGCUUCACUGCUCACAGUAAAGACAGAGAGCCCAGUUAUCCCAAAUUGCACACUGGCCUCACGUAGCACUCCAUCUGUAGUGAAGCUGGAGAAAAGCCACGCUGCCCCAGUGACAGCCACCCCUCUACCACAGUUCUUCAUCAGUCACCAGGGCGUGCCUCAGGUCAUCGGGCAGCCCCAGACCCUGCUCACCACACAGCAUACGGGUACCCAGAUCCUGCUGCCAGUCUCUCUACCCAACAACACCACUACAAUCCAGCUCACUAAUACAAAUGUCAAACUACAGCCAGUCCUCCAAGCAGCUGUCUCUCCUCAAGGCCAAGGACUAAUCCAGACCACUCCGCUGCAUCCUGCCAAAGCAGAGAGCUCCUCGCCACAGCCUGUCCAUCACAACAAUAUAGUGCAGACGCUGCCUAUGUGUAGCUCUGCUGGGACUGCUUUUCAAUUUGGUGCCAGUGAGAAGCAGGCAGGUCUAGAGAUGCCUCGCUGUUUCCCAAGCAGCUCCCCAGAGAAUGCACUGUCUGCUCAGACUUCCCCAGUUGCGUCCUCCCUCACCAACGGCCCCCUAAAUAAGUCCCCCUCUCAGGUGUCGCCUGCCUUCAUCCUGCCAUCUCCAGCAUUCAGUCAUGCCCCCAAGAGCCGAGAGCCACCUCCCUACGAGGAUGCUGUUAAACAGACGCGCAGCCUGCAAGCAGCCGCCAUCACACAGUUCCCGACAGCGACCAGUCAGCAAAUGGAUGAUCUGUUCGAUAUUCUCAUUGAAAGUGGAGAGAUCACCCCUUUCAGUCAGCAGGAGCCUUCUGUGCCUAAGCUGAUGCCAGUCACCGCCAGCAUCACCACUUUACCUGUCAACACUGCCCUGUCUCGGCCCCCUGCUCAGGUGCAGAUGGCACCGCCGCCGGCGCUGCUGGUGGAGCCCAUGCCCAGCCUGGCCUCGCUGGCCUCAGACAACCAGCUGGAGGCACUGCUGGAGGGCACGCUGGGGUGCGAGGGUGAGCCAGAGCACAGGACUCUGGGGCUUCUAGAAGAGCUGCACAGCCAGCUGCUGGACCAACCCCACUCCCCUAUGGACACAUCUGAGUUGAGCUUCAACGAGCCAUCUGCGCCGUUGUCCUCCACCUCCUCCUUCAGCCUGCAGGACACGGGCAUGGACAGCAUGGAGUGGCUGGACCUGACCAUGCCAAGGCCCAUUGGACCCCUCGACCCACUGGGGAUCGGCUCCGAUUUCCUUGACGCACAUGACCUGCAUCUGCACUGGGACUGAGAGCACUGUACACACUCAUUCUCUCUUGUGAGCGUACACACACACACACACACACACGCACACACACACACAAACUACUAUGAUUGGGCUUUUUCAAAAGAGAGGGAGGAGAGAUUAGUUUAUUCAAAGCAGAGCACAGAUUGGCUCAGUAGAUGAUGUGAGAGGUUUCCUCUGCUCUUGUCCUGUAGUGUACUGCAGUUUGUCUCAUUCAUCAUUCAGACUAAUGUCCUAAUAUGGCGCUACGGGAACAAGGGGCCAUCCAUGUGCUACUUCUGGUGCAGGCUACAUUCUCUUUUCUGUGCCAUCUAAAGUGGGAACACAUCUUUAACAGCAUGAUCCUGUAUACUAUUCUCUUCAUAGUCAUGUGCCAUUGACUCAGUUGUUCUCUGCGCAGUCUAGAAAUACCUUUGUGGCCAAUUUUAACCCAUUUGAAUUGGGACACAAUUCUAUUAAAGAUAUUUUGACUCCACAUUAGACAGUAACCAUUGUAUUGGUCAGAUUAGUGCACUGACACCAUUAUUCUAUUGGUCCUCAAAGAAAAACAUGGAUUGCUUAUCCCGUAAACUCAAAUUCACCUGUUUUUACUAGGCACCCUGUAUAUUUCAACCGGGUAAAUCAGUGGGUAGAUUUCUGCAUCUUCCAUGCUCAGUCUGACAAUGGUUCCUCACAAAACUGUUCUGUUGUGUCAGGCCAUUCUUGUGUGUAUGCGCAGGAGGGUGUGUGUGUGUGUGAGAAACUGAGCGUGUCAGACACUUGACGUCAAUAAGAACAUAUGAGGAAUGUUGCCUGGUUGGCGAGGCCAGUCCUCUAACAACUACAGAGCUCGUGUGUACCAUAUAGUGAAGAUACAACUAUAAUGUAUAACGCCACGCAGGAUGGUGUAAAUAUUCGUUUGGGGUAUGGAACAACCCUCAAUAAGAUGCAGCGCUCUUUUAACGAGCACGCGGGUAUCCGACACUAGUCCUGGAGGUCACAGCCCUUCAGUGAUCUAUAUAUAUUUUCUCUCUUCAGACCAAAUUCAGCUCACGAAGGCCCUGCUGAUUAGUGGAGGAGUUGAAUCAGGUGUUCAAUGCGGUAGAUUUAAAGAAGAACUCUUCAGUGCUGUCGCACUCUAGGACAGGAUACUGCUAUAGGAAAUGAACAAAAUUGACAGCUGACACUAAGAGCAGUGGGUGUGGUGUUCAUGCAGCCUGAAAGGGCACUAUAACUUAUAUAGACUUCUUGUUCUUCUUAUUUACACAGGGUUUGGUAAAUGUAGACUCUUUGUGCAACUCUUUGUGCCUCUGAUUUUCCUUCUUUUUGAGUUUUCAGAUGCACCUGGGCCUGGAUGAGUGCUUGGGCUCUGUAAAGCUUCACACUGUUAAGGCCAUUUUAACUGUUAGCCAGAGGUCCAGGUGACGCCAUUAGUGUUUAAGAUAUUCAUGCGCCAUAUUUUGCUAUCAUUAACACUGCAUGUUAAACAUUUUUGGCAGCUUAGUGGCAGUUUAGUAGGAAAGAAAAGGAUACAUUCUGGUUUGUUGAUUUCCUCUGCAGUAGUAGUUUCACACGCUUAUUCCUUCACAAACUCAGCAAUGACCAUUUUUAGAUCCUGUAAGUCCAUCCGUUUGGUCUGCAUUUUUUUUUUUUUUUUUUUUGAUGACGUCUCUGUCCUUUUGUCUGUGCCACAUUUAUUGUCUUUGUCUCGUGUGUGUGUGUGCGUGUGCACUGUCUGAUACGUCUGUGUUUCACUGUUUGUUAAUGUAUUACUGUGCCGCCAUUUUAACACUGCUCUGCGCACAGUAAAAAGAGCAAAAAACAAACAAACAUGGCAGCCUAAAUGAAAACAUGUAUGUGAUUUUAAAGAAAAGAAGAAAUACCUCGGCAGCAUGCGACUACAAGUGAUUCUGUGAUCUGUGUGUUUUUUUUUUUUUGUGUGUGUUUUUUUUUUUUAAUCAGCUAAAACACUUUCCGUACAAUUAUUUGAUUUGAGUUCGGUUGCAAAUCGCACUUGCUUCUCAAGCAGUUCGCCGGGUUCAUCUCUGAGACCAGACUCUGUUUAUUGAGUUGUGUUUAUCUAGAGUGGUCUCACUUGUAUAGGAAUGUUAGCAUAUAGUUUGAUGUUUUCACCAGCUCUAAGAGAAAUGCCUUUUUUUUUUUAUUUUAUUUGAAGUUUUACAUCUUGUCCGGAUCAAUGACUCCUCAGUGUUAACCGACCGCUGGCUCAACAAUGUGUCUGAAGCUAGUAACAGUACGUUUGAUCCAAAUUUGCUUUAAAUAUGUCGGUUUGUGGAAUUACUUUUUCUAUGGCACUUUUACCUGCAUUGAUGAAUGUUUCAUCCUGAUUAAACAAUCAUUUUGCAUUAGAGCACCUUCACAGAUACAGAUGUGAUUUUUAUCAGCCAUUUUUGCUUUUGCUGUCAGCUUCGACGCAUUUGAUCAAAGUGGCACAUGCUUAAGGCUCCUGCAUCAUGGCUUCGUACUGUUCACCCCACACAUCGUCCAAGUUGUGGCCUCUUCAGUAAACAAAAUGAUGCCAAAUAUGAGUCUCAUCUUCUAGGCUGUAAUUGCUGGCUGUAGAUCUGGGAAUGUAUUUAGUAAUGUGUAAUAAGUCUCAAUGAUACAUUGCCAUUUUACUGUUGAUGGCCUGAUUUUUAUUUAUUUUGUUUUGUUUUUUUUUAGUUCAGUGAUGCCUGAUGUAAUGUUUGGGGCUGAUACUGAAGCAUAAAUUUAUGAAAUAAUUACCAAAGAGGCCAAAUAAAUCAUGCAUAAUGCCAUUUAA